GCGUCGCCGCUUGUGCUGCACGCGACGUCGCUGUUGCGGACGCAGCUGCGUGUGAGCAACACUGUGCUGAGGUCGUUGCACGCGGGCGGGUCGGCGGUGUGCGUUGGCGGCGGUGUGGACCUGCUGUCGAGUGCGGUGGUGCUUGACGGUGUGUCGCUGGAGGCGUCGGGCGGUCCGACCGCGUCCGCGAUGCGUGUGGCGUCCUCGUCGCGUCUCAGCCUGCGGAGCCACUCGGUGUUCUCUGUGACGAACGUGUCGGUUGUGAGCAGUGGCGGCGGCUUUGUGCUUGGAGAGCGCCUCGCGGUGUCCGACUCGGUGCUGCGCUUAGUGGGCGUCGAGGGGUCUGUUGCGUCGUCGCUGGUGCGCUGCGAUGGUGGGACGGCCGGUGUCGGCGGGUGGGUGGAGCUGCGCGACGUGUGGGCGGUGGGCGAGGCGUCGUCGGUGGCGUCGCUGUCGGGUGUGACGCUGAGCGGCGGCGCCGUGUCGAUUGUGCGCUGUGCUGCCACCGGCGCGACGCUUGUCUCCGGGCCGACGAUCACGAGCGGCGCUGUGUCGGUGCAGUGCAACCGUGCCGGCGGCCGGGUGCUGCAGAGCAGCGGCGACUACCGCAUGGCCGGCCUGCUCUCCGUGAGCGUGGUGCCGUGCGACGGCUGUGCGGCUGCGGUGGCGUGCUUCGAUGCGCUGACGGCGUCGUUCUCUGACUGCGUGUGCAGCUGCCGUGCCGGCGGCGUGGGCGAGGCGUGCCUGCCGUUCGGCGUGCCGCCUGCGAGGCCCGGCGGCGGUGGUGGCGGUGCGCAGGGCUGCGUGAGUGGCGUGACGCUGACGGAGUCGGUGACGGUUGGUGGCUGGCGUGCGACGGCGUGCUUCGACUCGGCGGUGUUCAGCGGGUCGAUCACUGUGGCGGUGGAUCUGCGCUUGAUGGACACGUUCGCUGACGCGCUGAACGUGACGCUGUGCCACUGCGUGCUUGCGGACGGCGCGCAGCUGCGGAUUGGCGGCCUCAGCGAGAGCACGGCGCGCCUGAUGCCCCACGCCCUCGUCAACAUGAUGAAUGUGACGUCGCUGGAGGGCACGAUUGUGCUGCAAGGCGCGAUGCCGCCGAACUCGAGUGUGCUGCUGGCGAACUCAACGCUGCGCGCGACGGUUGACGGGUCGCAGUACGUGCCGACGACCCGUGGACACGAGAAAUUUCGGUACGGCCCCGCGCUUGUCCUGGACGGCGUCCGGCUACUGUCGACGCGGUUUGUCAUGACGCGGUCGACGCUGGUGUGUGGCGGGGGCUCGUGCGCUGCGAUCCUUGUGGAGCGCAGCUUCGUUGUGAACCUGUCCAGCGUCUUCUACAUGGACAACUGCAUUGUCAUGUCGCAGACGCACGUGAUGUACGCCCUUGCGUCGGACCUGCGUGUUGGCGACGGCUCCGUGUUCUCCAUACAGAACAGCUCGUGGAGUGCGCCGAGCACCGAAUACUACAAAGGCGCGUGUGUGUUUGGGGACGUUGCGGUGGCUGGCGGCAGCGUGCUGCAGAUCGUGUCCAGUAAUUUCCGUCUUGGCUUCGCCAUGCUCACGGCAGCCACGCUGACCGUGACUGGUGGCAGCUGGCUGGUGCACCGCGACAACGAGUUCCGCACCGCCUACGUUGUGUACGUUGUCAACGAGAAUGGCGUGGCGUUCCGCGAUCGGAGUUUGUGGUCGAUACUACACAACAGCUUCACGUCCGGCUCGUACCCGUCGCCCCAUGCACACAUGACGAGCAACUGGUUACCACCAUCCGACACGCACCCGAUCAUCUACGGCGUGUGCAACGACGCAAGGGGCUCUCCUGUGACGAAUUACCGAGUCGACCUCAAUAUUGGAGCACCCGUGACGGUGUUGGACUGCGGUGCGUGCACGGUGGACGCUGUGUGCUUCGCUGCGAGGACGAGCAGCAUCAGCGGCUGUGAGUGUGUGUGCGCUGCUGGUGGCCACGGUGACACGUGUGUGCCAGCUGCGGUUCCGGACGGUCUUGGGCCGCUCCCGCUCCCUGACACGAAGGACACGGAGGUCCGCUGCGUGCACGGUGGCAGCAUCAGCUCUUUGGACUAUCCUGAUCCCGGUGUGCGUGGUCUUUGCCUUGUCAACGUGACCUUCACUGCCGCGAUCGCGCUGGACUUGUCGCGAUUUGACGCGCCGCAGCAGAAACUCAACAUCACGCUGCUGCAGUGCGUCCUUGUGGGCCUGUCGAUCAGGGGGAGUGGUGCGAGCGUGCACGUGAACGUGACAUCCUCGAUGCUGGAUUCUGGUGAUUUGGAGUUUAGGGGUGAUUUUGGCACGAGCUCCCAGAUACUGGUGGCGGGCAGUACGCUUGUGACGACGUCUGGCCACGCCGUUGCCUUUCCGGAAUUUACUCUUGGUGCGACCUCGACGCUGCUGCUACUUGACAACCGCAUUGAGGGGAAUAGUUACGCAGUUUAUUUUAUCAAUGCUGCUGUUGUUGAUGGUGGCGGGAUUAUUGUGAAGGGAAAUAUGCUGAUGGCAACGGAUAAUAGACACCGUAUGGGUUCAGCCGUGUAUUUUCAUGCUGUUGACGUGAAGAACGGCGGCUACUUUGGCAUUGAGAACAACGCGAUGAGCGCAGUUAGUGGCAUUUAUUUUUAUGGGGACAUCAUCGUGAGCUCCGCUGGGCUGCUGCGAGUGGCGGACUGCACAUUUGCUGGCAGCAGGAGGGUUGUGAAUUGCGGGCUGUUGUUUUUGGACGGCUCUGUGACUCUCCGGGGCGGUGCGCAGUGGCGUUUGGAGGGCAACAACGUGAGCGCAGCCUCAGUGUUGAGUAUGCCACGUUCCCAGCAGAAAAUUCAGCUGUCGGGCAACGGCACCACCGUGGCGCUUGCAAAUAACCGUCAGGUGGAGGAUAGUUAUUCCUUUGCUGAUAUGGCUCUGUCGAGCAUGGUCAAGAAGCCACCCGCGCGUUUUGUGGUUGGAUGCAACCUGCAGGGCGAUGAGGAGGUGUUGUACGACGGUGUGUUUCCGGAGGGCGUGGUGGUGUUUGGGUGUGGCACAUGCAACGACGACGCGGCGUGCUACAUGCCCGGGACGGAGUCGGUGGACCGCGGCUCGUGCUUGUGCAGCUGCAAGGACGGAUGGCAUGGCGCGUCGUGUCUUCCCUUCGAGGUGCCCGACACGGUUUUGCUGCCCUUGCCGGAGAGAGCCGUUGACGGCGACACGAGCUGCGUGGUGAACCAGACGCUGACGGAAAUCACGCUGAACAUGUGGAAGACGCACCACUGCUACGUGGGUGUGAUAUUCAGCGGCGUGGGUGCUGCGUUGACGUUUUUCUUCGACAGCAUGCCGCUGCAUCUCCCCAUCAACAUCACGUUUACUGGGUGCACAUUCCGCGACGGUGCCGCACUGCAGUUUGUUGGUGGUGCUGAGGCGGCCGAGUCAUCCGGCGUCCUGAUCCGCGUGAGCCGGACGGUGAUGCGGUCCUCUGUCGUUGUGUUUGCACUCGCCCUCCCGCAGCACUGCGACAUCGUUGUCACGGAGGUUGAUGCGGCGCAGUCUUCCGCGGUCUAUUUGCCGGACACCGGGAGGAACAAGUUUAGCGUAUUGUUACUGAAGAAGGUUGUGUUGACUGCGUCCUCGCUGUUGGUGAGCAACGCCAAAGCGCAUGCAUUUGGUUACGGUGGGUCUGGUUUGUACUCGGUUGGGACGCUGACGCUGGUGGGUGGCAGCUCGCUGUACACGCGGUACUGCAGCUUCGAUGGCUACGCACACCUGUUCCAAGUGCCUAUGCCCAGUGUCCGCGACCACUCUGUUUUUGCGCUGCUCAACAAUACGAUGUCCUCCGGGGAAAGCCUUCUGUAUAUACGCCACGGAUUUAGCGUGUCGGAUCACAGCGUGCUGCGCGUGGUGGGGAACAGCGCUCCCGUGGCUUGCGCUAUCUAUGCAUGCAGGAAGUGGUCUCUUGAGCAGUCAAGCUGGCUGGAUUGGCGCGACAACAAAUUGGGGGUGGGUGCGAUGUUCCACGAAUCCGAAUCCGCUUUUGUGAGCAUUGACGGCAGCAGUGUGGUGACGCUGACGGGCUGCACGAUGGGCUCGACGGGGUUGUCGGUGCCUUUGCUGAAGCGGGUUGGGGCUGGCUACCGGUUCGUUGCUGGGUGCCUGACGGUUGCGGGACGUGUGGUGACGACGGCGGCAGAGCUGGCGCUCCACGGCAUCACCAACGUGACGACGGUUGCUGCGUGUGGGCAGUGCACGAAGGACGGCGACUGCUUUGCUCCGCUGACGACGGCGGUCAUUGACUGCAAGUGCCAGUGCGCUGCUGGAGGGCACGGCGAUGUGUGCGUCCCGGCGCCUGUGCCUGCUGGCCCGCCACCACCGCCGCCAGUGCCGCCGCCAUCACCCACGCCGUCACCACCGCCUGUUGGUGAGUGCAUCAGCGACAUGGUGUACCCCGAGGUGGCGCAGGCUGUGGGUGGCGGGCUGUCGUGGCUGUGCUACCGCAAUGUGACGUUCAGCGGGGGCGGCAUGAGCCUGACGGUGCUGAUUGGGGCGAUGACGGGCGAUGUGGUGAACGUCACGUUCGAUGGAUGCACGUGGAGGGACGGCGCCGUGCUGUUGCUCUUGGGCAACGCGCACGCCGCUUUGGGUUCGCUGAACAUCGUCGUCACCGGCAACAUGUUCGAUGACGCGCUGCUCUGCCCGGAGGGUGUGUUUCCACCGCACACGAACAUCACGAUCAACGGGAACCGCUUCACGGUCACGAGGCUUAUCCCUCGACCGGGUUUGGGCCUUGACAGCCCGUCGUGUGUUGCGAUGAAUGGACUGGCGAUCAGCAACGACUCCGCGGUGGUGCUCAGUGGCAAUGUGUUUCAGAGCGUGAGGGCAUCCUUAAACGUCAUUUACUUCGUUGAGUCUUCGCUGAGGGUGUCGUGGCACUCCCUGUUUGCGGUUGUGGGCAACUCGUUUCAUGUGGCUGGCGGUGACGGUACGCUGAUAAAUCUUGAGGGGUCUAGUCAGUCAUUUUCACUGGAUGUGCUAAACAACUCUGCCGUGGUGAUCCGAGGCAACGUUGUGACGAGGCCGGUGCGGUACUUCAUGUUGUUUCUUUGGGCAUCACGUGUGGAGUCCCAGUCAGCGGUUGUGUUUCAGGGCAAUGACAUGCAGGGAAGCUUGGCUGUGUUUUAUUCAACUUUUGCCGUCAACAUCCACUACAGCUCGUGGCUGCAGGUGAGCGGCAACCUCUGCCGUGAAUCCCCAUCGUAUGCGUUUACUUUCUUUGACCCCACGGUGAAUCUCCGCGACUCCACGGUGACUGUGUCCGGCAACCAAUUUAUGUCCAACAAUGGAGUGACCAAAGCGCUACUGAUAUCUGCAGUUUCUAGUGUUCUUACAAACGGAGCGAUUGUGGCUGCGUGCAACACUGUGAACGACGGGGGGGAAGCGAACUACAGCAUUCCGUCCGUGUACAAUGCCACAAUCCUGACCUGCAGCGACCCAUGCACCCUCGCGGCUUCGUGCUUCCCCGCGUACACGACGACGGUCUCGAGUGAUGGCUGCGCCUGCACGUGCGCGGAGGGCGGCCACGGCGAUGCGUGCCUGCCCGUUGCUGUUCCCGAGCCACCGAGCACCGACGGCGCCGACUUGUGCGUGCGUGACGUGAGUGUGGAUGUGGAGGUGAGCGCCGUUUUCGGGACGUCGGUGGUGUGCUACGUUGGUGUGACCUUUGCGGCGGACGUCGUUGUGGACGUGGAGUCGAUGUCAGGGAGCGUGCGCAACGUGACGCUGGCGAACUGCACGUUUGUGGGCGGAGCGAGCCUGUACGUUAUUGGGUGGCUGUCCGACCCGCCUGCUGGCCAGCGCGCCGAUGUGUUGGUCAGCGGGCUUGAGUCGCGCUCCGGCGGCGGCGUGGUGGUGG